AUGGCCUUCGAGGUGCAGUAUUCUGGACUCGUCCGCGGAUACGACCUCGGCUACCGCGAGUAUGCCGCGAAUCCAAAUCCGUGGCCAGGGGCAGAGGGCAUCUUGAAGGGGAUCAGCAUAUUCUUCGGUGUCGUAUUUGCGUGCGAGGUUGCCCUCAAGAUCUUCGCCCUGCGCGACGCGUUCUUCAAGUCCUACUGGAACCUGUUCGAUCUUCUCAUUGUCCUCUGCUUCGUCGUCGAGCUGUUCGCCGUGGUGGAGAAGAGCCUGGCGGACACCACCAUGCUCCGACUGGCCCGCUUGGCCCGCCUGCUGCGCUUGGUGCGCGUGGUGAGGCAGAUUCGAAGUUUCGACGCGCUGUUCCUCAUGACCACCGCGAUCAGGAGCAGCGCGAUCGUCCUUGCCUGGUCCUGCAUGCUGCUCUUCAUGAUCCAGGUGCUGGUCGCCUUUACCAUCAACCAGCUCCUGGAGGAGUUCUACUUCCGGGGUGACCACCCGCAGGAAGAGCUGGAGGGCAUAUUCGAGUACUGGGGCAGCUUCUCCCGGGCGCUGCUCAGCACUUUCGAGAUGACGCUGGCGAAUUGGCCUCCGGAUGACUUCAUCAUGAUGCACCAGAAAGAGGCCGCGACGCGAACCCACAUGAAGAAGAUGGAGCGGCUUUUCAAAGCUGGGGACACGUCCGGCAACGGCUUCCUGGACAAGACAACGUUCUUGGAGCUGAUACAGAACGUGGAGGUCAAGACAUGGUUGUCGUCCAUGGGGCUCGAGGUCGGGGACGCGGACGCCUUGUUCGAAUUCAUGGAUGCGGACGGGGACCGCACGGUGAAUAUCCAUGAGCUGGUCCGGGGCGUGAAUCAGUUGAAGGGAACGGCCAGAAGCCUGGAUUUGAUGAUCUGCCUGAGCAAGCAGGACGAGAUGUAUCAGGCCUUGCUGGACACAUUCCCAGAUGAUGAUGAUGAUGAUGAUGAUGAUGAUGAUGAUGAUGAUGAUGAUGAUGAUGAUGAUGAUGAUGAUGAUGAGCAAGGAACCUGGGGAAGCCUCUUGCGAGUCGUCUUGGGGCCUCUUGGGGCCUCGUUCGGGCUUCUUGGAGGCCUUCUGGGGCCUCCUCGGGGCUUCUUGGGGGCCUGCGGGCCCCCCCACCCCCCGAGCACUAAAUGCGUCGGGAAUGGCGUCCCUUCCCCCCUUUUCCAGAGCCUCCUGGGGGCUUCUUGGAGGCCUGUGGGCCCCCCCGCCCCCGAGCACUAA